AUGGUGGAUCGAGCUUUAAUUGUGGAACGAGAGUUAGCAGAUUCCGAACGCAUUCGAAAUCAGCAAUCAAGGAACAACAACCAACCACGCGAAGGAGGCCCAGUCCGUAACACCAGAAACCAUCCUGCGCCAGCACCUUAUGCCGGAGGGAUGCAGCAGCAACAAAAGCAGAAUCGAGGAAACCAGCAAGGAGGAAACUUUUAUUAUUCUGGAGCUUCGCAUUCUUUUAUAUCCACUGCAUGUGUGACAAGUUUGGGUUUAAAGCCAGAAGCGCUAGAGAUAGCUAUGAGUGUCGCUUCACCCUUAGGAGGUCAAACCCGAGUAAAUCUAGUAUGUAAAUCUUGUGAGCUAGAAAUCUCCGAUUCAUUUCUGAUCUGUGAUCUAAGAGUUAUGGAUAUGUCUGAUUUUGAUGUCAUCCUAGGAAUGGAUUGGUUGUCAGUUCAUCGAGCCAUUAUUGAUUGUUACUGUAAGACAGUGACAGUAUCCCCCCUUAAAGGCACGAAAGUUCAAUUUAAAGGAGAUACACAAGAUUCUCUAACUCCAUCGUGUCGCAAGUCGCGAUGGCAUGAUCAACUAAACAGAUGGUUGGCAAGCCUAAUUUUGGAAGACGAAAAUCGAGAGGAUCCAGGAUUACCCCAUGUGGUGUGUGAGUACGCUGACGUUUUUCCUGACGAAUUACCAGGAUUACCCCCAAAACGAGAUGUAGAUUUCACGAUUGAGCUUCAACCCGGGACUUCACCGAUUUCAAUAGCACCACAUCGUAUGGCGCCAGCUGAACUUCGAGAAUUGAAGGAGCAGUUGCAAGAACUGUUGAGUAAGAAGUUCAUCAGACCAAGCACGUCCCCUUGGGGAGCGCCAGCAUUAUUCGCGAAGAAGAAGGAUGGAACCUUAAGAUUGUGCAUCGAUUAUCGACAACUAAAUCGAGCCACCAUUAAAAAUUGA